AAUUAACCUUUUGUAUGUGAUUAUCAUUGAUUACUGAAGUAAAAUGUCACAGUUUGGGGGAACAAAAAACCCACCAUGGGCUAGACCACAGUCACAGUCAGACUUUAUUAAUGUUUCAUCAACAAACACAAUAGCUGCAGCCAACUCAAUCAACCAAAGUCAAGUGGCUAAUGCCAUGCUUCCUCAGUCUGUGGUAGCCAACCCCACAGUGUACAGCCUCAACAAUUCUACACCCAACCUGGGAACCUCCCAGUACACUGCACCACAGUACUCUGCCCAACAGCUGGUUGGCCUCCAGGCACAGCAAGCAGCAGCUCAAGCUGCCAUGCAACAGCCAGCCAUUUCUUCACCUGCCUCCACAGGACCCGUCAUUCCUCAACCAGGCAUCGCUAUACCCACCUCAUUGGCCACUACACAGGUACCUAAUGUCAGCUACCCAACUCCAAGGGCAGCCCAGCCUCAGGGACCCAAGCAGCGAGUGUUCACUGGUACUAUUACCAAGCUCCAUGAUAACUUUGGCUUUGUAGAUGAAGAUGUUUUCUUCCAAACAAGUUGUGUGAAAGGUGCACAGCCUAAGGUAGGUGACAGAGUUUUGGUGGAGGCGACGUUUAAUGCCAACAUGCCAUUCAAGUGGAAUGCUGUUAGGAUACAAGUACUUCCAAACCAGGGACCACAACAAGCAGGAAUGGGAGGUGGUUUUAACAAACCCUCUGGCCCUUUGUCUAUGGCCAACUCUAUGAUGCAAUCCUUGGCAUCAAACAUGCCUCCAUCAGGACCAAUGAAUCAUGGAGGGAAUAUGUCUCUCAAUCAGCCCCUUCAGUCUUUAAUGCAGACUAACCAGCCACCUCCAGGUCUGAUGUCGGCAUCAGGGAUGCGAGGCCCCAUUUCAUCUGCACGUAGGAAUGAACCUGCUCGGUUUGAGAGGAACCGUGAGAGGAAGAGGGAGAUGAUGCAAGAGAAAAGGGAGCGACAGGAACGAUUGCAAAUUACAAGGAAACGCUCACGAUCCAGGUCCCCAGUUGCUAAACGUAACGAUUCCACACACCAGCGUAGUCCUGCUAGAAGGAGGCCUCGGAUAGUACCUCGAUAUGUUGUUCAGGUUCCAAAGAUCUCAUUUGACAUGAAGUCCGCCAAUGUGAUGUCGUUGAAGUCACGCUACACAAACAUGUAUAUUCCUAGUGACUUCUUCAAUGCCAACUUUGCGUGGACGGAAGCAUUCCCCAUUGUUCGACCAUUCCAGCUUGGCAAUCAUUGUUCCUUCCAUUUGUUCCACAAAGAUGUGGAGUGUGUAGAACCAAGUACAGCAAUACUGGACCCUCCAGACAGUGACCAUGCGUACAAUGCCAAAGUGAUGCUCCUUUCCUGUCCCAGCCUUGAUGAUCUAUACCACAAGUCGUGUGCCCUUGCCGAGGACUCUCAAGAUGCUCAGGAAGGUUUCGUCCACCCGACUAGGCUACUCAAUUUUCUUGUAGGUUUGAAAGGGAAGAAUGAGACAAUGGCCAUUGGAGGGCCUUGGUCACCAUCGCUGGAUGGCCCUAAUCCAGGGGAAGACCCAGGGGUGCUUAUAAAGACAGCCAUUCGGACCACUAAGGCCCUGACAGGGAUUGAUCUGGCUGCCUGUACACAAUGGUAUCGCUUUGUCGAGAUGCAGUACCUGCGGCCAGAGGAGACCCACAAGGGGAAACACGUGGUGGCCCGGGUAGAAACCACCGUCAUUUUCUUUCCCGAUGUGUGGAGCUGUACCCCAACCCGCCUCGAGUGGGCCACUUUGCAGGCAUCCUACAAAAAACAACUUCAGAAGAAGUUGUCAACGGUUUCCAGUUCCGACAAGGACGACAACUCACAGGAAGAAGAAAAUUCAGAGGAAAAUAGUGAACCAACCCAUUUUUCUGAAUUGGAUCCUAAGACAAUGAAGAUUGUUGACUUGAGGAAAGAGCUUGAAAGUCGUACUCUCAGCUCCAAGGGACUCAAAUCUCAGCUCAUUGCUCGCCUCACAAAGGCAAUAAAAUCUGAACAGGAGAAGGAGGAGACACAAGAUCCCAUGGAAGUGGAAGAGGAGAUACCAGAGGACCUGAAAAAAUCACAGGAGCCAGAGGAGAAAACUGAAGAGAAGAAAAAGGAGGAGGAAGAGGAGAAAAAGAAGGAACGAGAGAAAGUAUCGUUGGAGAGGAAAUAUAUUCUCCCUGAUGAUCCUGCUAUUGUUGUUCAUCCUAACCCUUCAGCCAAGAAUGGCAAGUUUGACUGUGCUGUCAUGUCCCUGAGUGUUCUACUGGAUUACAGGCCGGAGGAUAACAAGGAACACUCAUUUGAGGUGUCAAUUUUUGCAGAACUCUUCAAUGAAAUGUUGAUGCGUGACUUUGGAUUUGAGAUUUACAAAGUACUGGUUAAGGCUCCUGAAAAAAAGGAGGAAGAGAAGAAAGAUAAGAAGAAGGAGGAUGAGAAAAAAGACAAGGACAAAAAAGCAGAUGACAAGUUGUCCAAAGAUGGCAGCAGCAGUAGUAAGAAAAAGAAAACUGAUGAAAAAGAUCGAAAAGACAGUGAGAAAAAGGACAAAGAUAGAAAGAAGGAUGAUGAUAAGAAAAGUGAUGGAGACAAAAAAGAAGAAAAAGUUGAUGAAAAUGAUGGAGAUGAAGAAGGAGAUGACAAAGGUAAGAAGGAGAAAAAGAAGGAGAAGAAGAAAUUCUUUACUAAGGACAGGGAUGUACUGUUAUCAUUUACCUACUUCGACCAAAAUCACACUGGCUAUCUACUAGAUAAAGAUGUUGAGGAAAUCAUUCAUACCAUUGGACUACAGCUGUCUCGAGCUCAGGUUCGCAAGUUCGUACAGAAGUUGGUGUCUAGGGAUGCACUCAACUACAGAAAGCUUACCGACCGACCAUUUCCUGGUCAAGCUGACAGCAAGGAGGAAGUCGAGGAGCAGGCAAGGUUUGGCUGUAAGGUCAAUGGUAAUAAAAGUUACAUCCAGACACGGGUGAAACAGGAGGAAGUAAUACAGUGUCCAAUAAAGGAUACAGAAACAAAGGAGGAGGUGACUGUUGAAGAGGAAAAAAAAGACAUCAAGGAGGAGGUGACAGGGUUUGUCAUGUACAAAGGUAGUGUUCUGGACAUCAGUAGUGUGAUGCAGAGGCUGGACAGGAGUGAACGUACACGCAAUGAGAUGGAAAAACAGAUGCAAACUCUAACCACACAAAAAGAUGGUUUAAAGAAGAAUCUAGUCGGCAAAGAGGAAUCCUGCCAGAAGUUGACCACAGAAGUAAAGCAACUGAAACAGAAACUGCAAAGUCAAGAGAAACUUACAAUGUCGAGCGACACAGCAUGCAAGAAAUACCUGUCUGCCCUGCAGGAGUCUCGGACCUAUCUGACCAGUGCAGUGGACACCAUUGCUCAUGCCCUCUCUUCUGACAAGAGUAAAAAGGAGGAGGAAUCAAAUGGCAGCUGAUUGUGUUAACUUUAUGUUAAUUAUUGUUUAGUGUUCAUAGAAUCACCUGGUGUUUAGGAGAUUGAUGUUUCUUGUUCCUCUAAUGUGAACAGUAACACUGAUGAACAUGUGUUGUCAUUGUUCCUACAUAGUGAACAAUAACAUUAAUGUGCAGACAUUGCUCCAACACAGGAAACAAUAACAUUAAUGUGCAGACAUUGCUCCAACACAGGAAACAAUAACAUUAAUGUGCAGACAUUGCUCCAACACAGGAAACAGUAACAUUGAUGUGCAGAUAUUGUUUCAACACAGGAAACAGUAACAUUGAUGUGCAGAUAUUGUUUCAACACAGAAAACAGUAACAUUGAUGUGCAGAUAUUGUUUCAACACAGGAAACAGUAACAUUGAUGUGCAGAUAUUGUUUCAACACAGGAAACAAUAACAUUGAUGUGCUGAUAUUGUUUCAACACUGGAAACAGUAACAUCAAUGUACAGACAUUGUUCCCACACAGAAACAGUAAUGUGGAUGUACAGACAUUGUUCCCACACAGAAACAGUAAUGUGGAUGUACAGACAUUGUUCCCACACAGAAACAGUAAUGUGGAUGUACAGACAUUGUUUCCACACAGGAAACAAUAGCAUCAAUGUACAGACAUUGUUUCCAUACAGGAAAUGAUAGCAUUGAUGUACAGAGAUUGUUCAAAUACAGGAAACGAUUGCAUCGAUGUGCAGACAUUGUUUCCACAGAAGGAACAUUGAUGUACAGACAUUGUUUCAACACAGGAACAAUAACAUUGAUGUACAGACAUUGUUUCAACACAGGAACAAUAACAUGGAUGUACAGACAUUGCUCCCACAUUGAUGUACAGAUGUUUUCAUUGUUAGUAAUGUUGAUGUUGAAAUGUCUAUUUUUUUCAAGUCUUAAAAGACUCAGUCAUUGUAUGAUAGAGUCACUACAGAACAUUUGGUACAAAAUGUCAGAUAAUGCUGCACAGAGUAUCAUGUGAAUAAUUUUAUUUAGUAGGCUGGAGAAUGUUUUAUUUAAUUUGAAAAUGAAAUUUAAUUUAAAUGUGUAGACUAAUGGUUUUGAUAGAAGAGACUCUAUAAUGUAGGUAUCUGUGCCUCAUUGCUGAAUCAAUUGUUCUGUUCUUGUACAUGUUUUCAUAUUCAAGAUGUGUAAGAUCAUGUUUAAAAUUAACCUGUGGAAGGAUGUUUUUGAAGUGGCUAGUAAGUAGUAAUGAUGUUUAUAAGUGUAUUACAACGUCACAUUCCAAAUAUCAUGUCUGGGCAAAAUACAACAGAACAGAAUUCAGAUUUGACUUUGACAGGAAAACCAUAGAGGAUAUAUACAACUAGUAAUAACAUGGAGAGAGGGGCUGACAACUGAUCAGAACUAACAUCAGCAUGGAUAGAGGGGCUGACAACUGAUCAGAACUAACAUUGAGGUAGAAAAAGGGGCUGACAACUGAUCAGAACUAACAUUGAGGUAGAAAAAGGGGCUGACAACUGAUCAGAACUAACAUUGAAGUGGAAAAAGGGGCUGACAACUGAUCAGAACUAACGUUGAAGUAGAAAAAGGGGCUGACAACUGAUCAGAACUAACAUUGAAGUGGAAAAAGGGGCUGACAACUGAUCAGAACUAACAUUGAGGUAGAAAAAGGGGCUGACAACUGAUCAGAACUAACAUUGAGGUAGAAAAAGGGACCGAUAGCAACUGAUGAGAGUAUAGCAGGAAACAUACUAAUAAGGUCAUGUACGAAACAGGCUACAUGGUGUUAGACCAAAUAAUCAGGAAAGAGAAACCAACUGAAAAAUCAUAUAUUUUUGUAGAGUUCAAUUUUUGUGGUUUUUAAGAAAAGUGUUUUAAAGCAUUUUCAUGGACAUUUGAUUUAAGGGAUAAAUAAAGCUCAAUAAAUGUCAUUAAACUAAUUGUAUCAGUGAGAGUACCCACAACAUGAAUAUUAGUGAUUUGACAGUACCACCCACAUUGAAAUCAAUGAAAAUAAAUCUCUCAUUGAUAUUAGUGAUUUGACAGUACCGCCCACAUUGAAAUCAAUGAAAAUAAAUCUCUCAUUAAUAUUAGUGAUUUGACAGUACCACCCACAUUGAAAUCAAUGAAAAUAAAUCUCUCAUUAAUAUUAGUGAUUUGACAGUACCACCCACAUUGAAAUCAAUGAAAAUAAAUCUCUCAUUAAUAUUAGUGAUUUGACAGUACCGCCCACAUUAAUGUCAAUGAAAAUAAAUCUCCCAUGAAUAUUCGUGAUUUGACGGUACCGCCCACAUUAAAUAGAAGAAAGUGUUGUUUCUUUGUUCACAUAUGUUUUUGAUUAUUCUAGAGUAUUGGAAUACUUUUACAGUUUUGAUGAAGAUCACAGCAAAUAAUAAAGUGUUGAAGAUGUGUGAUGGAAUUAAGAUUGGAAAGUGAAAGUAAGAGAAAGCCGAGUAAAGAUGACAUUUAUCGUACUAUAGAAGGACAAGGUAGAUUUUCCUGAUUGUUUACUUAUCUCAUUAGUAACCAGGUUUACUGAUCUCAUUAGUAACCAGGAUUACUUAUCUCAUUAGUAACCAGGUUUACUAAUCUCAGUAGUAACCAGGAUUACUUAUCUUAUUAGUAACCAGGUUUACUGAUCUCAUUAGAAACCUACUUCGACUUGUAUAAAACAUCUCAACUUGAGAUUUCCUCAAGUCAAGAUUUUCCUCAGCUGAUAUCUCCUCAAAAACGGCUUGUAUAAAAUUUUCUCA